AUGCCCAAGCGGCAAAAACUCACACAUACCGCUUCGGCGGCCUCUGAGCCUCACGAGGCCGGCAUCACACCUGCCCAGCCGGCUUCCGGUCAGGACGGCAGCACCUCGCCUUCGUCCUCGAGCGACCACGCCUCCACCUCUUCCUCGGCGGGCAGCGACGGCGACGACAACGACAAUGACGAAGAGGAACGGAGUCUCACAGGCUCACGGUCAGGGGCUGAAGGUGAAGACAACGAUGACAUCGACGAAGAAGCUGGUAGCGAUUCAACGGAAGACGAAGACGAAGAAGAGGAGGAGGAGGAGCAGGUACCCCAGAAACCCGCAUUCGACGAGAGCAAGGCCAAGAGCAAGCUGCAUCAAGGCGUCAAGUCCAUCAGGGCGGCGGCCAAGACAGCCAAGGCGUUCGAACUGCAAAGGCUCGUCAAGAAGCUGCGGAGCUCCAAGGGCAAAGCAUCGCAGGACAAGGCCGCGCUCGAACAAGAGAUUGAGGGGGUAAAGCAGGUCGACACCCACGAUCUGGCCCGGCGCGCGCUCCUCGCCAAGAUGGUCAAGAACAAGCUUCUCCCGCGCCCCGCCGCACGGCUCCCCGAGGACGAGGUCGAGGCCGAAUUUCCCUUUGCCGCUCUCGUCAAGGCCGAACCGCUGCUCAAGGACGAGCAGGUGGCCAAGAAGGGCGAGGCUGCGGCCGACAAGGUGCACGAAAAGGUCAUGGCCAUGCUCGUCAGCUCCAAGAAGCUCGCCGAUGAAGUAUCGCAGCGCGUCGAGGCGCUCAAAGUCCUGGCGGGCCUGCAGGAGGAGAGCAAGAGUAAGCUCCAAGCCACAAAGGACGCCAAGACUCUCAACGGCAGCGACAAGGACAAGCGGCUGGACGAGGACGCCGAGCAACUCGACGCGUCCGGCAGCGAGGACGAAAACGACGACGAUGACGACGAAGAAGAAGAAGACGACGAGGACGACGAGGACGACGAGGAUGACGCGGCCGACGAAGAAGAGCUGGAGCGGCUCGGCAGGGAGAAGAUUGCGGCAUUGGGCGAUCUUUCGCAGUGGGACGACAUGCUCGCCUCAGACUCUGACGAGGCUGGUGACGACGACGACGACGACGACGAGGACGAAGACGAAGAAAAGAGGAGCACGACAAGAAGGGCAAGUCAGCGCGAGGCGGCAAGCGAAAGCGACAGAGAGGCGGCUAGCGAGGGCGAGCUCGUCUCCGACGACGACGGCAGCGAGGAGGAAGGAGGUUCGGACUCGGACGCCGAUUCAGACGGUAGCGUGGACGAUUCGGACUCGGACUCGGCACCGUCCAAGAAGAAGAGCAAGACAAAGAAGGGACCUUCGUCAUCGACCUUCCUGCCGUCGCUCUCGACGGGCUUCAUCGGCGGACGGAGCGACGACGACUGGAGCGACGCCGAGGCGGACCUGGCCGAUCGCGACCUGUCAGAGAUCAAGAGCGGCAAGAAGAAGCGCGAGUCAAAGAACCGGAUGGGUCAGCGUGCCCGCAAGGCGCUCUAUGAGAAAAAGUACGGUCGCAACGCCAACCACAUCAAGAUUCGGGAAAAGGAGAAGCGCAAAACGGAACGUCGACCCUCCUCGGCCGCCGCUGCCGCCGCAGGGGCAGGUGGGGAGGGAUCAACGAGGCCGGUCUAUGGAAAGGGGACGCAGGGUGCGGGAUGGGGCGCAUCGCGCCGCGCCUUGCCGUCGCAGGAAAAGAGCGCGCCCCAGCUCGAAAGCGGCAUCGAUACCCGCCGUACCCGUGGCGGUGGCGGCGUCAGGCCGACGCAACGUCCGCCGCCGAAUCGACAGGCAGGCCCGCCAUCGCGCGCUCCCGUCACUCGCGACCACGCUGCGCCACCGCAGCAGCGAUCGGCUCCGCCGCCCGCCAGGCCGGCAUCGACACCGGCGGCGUCCGCUGGUGCCUCGAGCAAGAAAGAGGAGAUGCAUCCCAGCUGGAUCGCAAAGCAGCGUCAGAAGGAACUGGCGGCCGCUACCAAGCCGGCUGGCAAGAAGAUUACAUUCGAUUAG